UUACAGAUGCAUAAGUGGAUGUGAAAUGAAAAUAGCAAUUAUGGAUAGCUAUUUAGAACUUAAUCUGCAAUUUGAUAGCCAUGAAUGAUCAAUUUAAUGUUUCAAGACCGUGUCCGGAUCAGGCUUCAACUGGUAGAUUGACCGACAACUCUGCGCAACAUUUGAAUUCGUCUCCUGGACAAGCAAUUAUAAACACACACUUCAUACCAAUUGUCAGACAAAUGCAUCCAAAUGUUUACCAAGCAACCUCGACAUCAAUACAAAAUUACGGUUUUUCAAAUUCUGUGCCUUCUAAUGUAACUAUGCAACCGGUUGGGAUGGUAGCCGGUUCGAACAAUGGGCAGCAACUAAAUGGCAACCGAUUUCCGGAGUCCACUAAUUACGCCAUUGGAUCUAACCAUUCGAACACCUUCUCAGAUCAGACAAUUUACAGAGCUCCAAUGUCUUAUAAUGUUAUUACUCCAAAGAUGCAUCCCAAUAAGACGUCCACGAUGCAGUAUAUGCCUCAAACAGUCCUAUAUUAUCCGCAAAAUGUUGCACCUCCGAUGAUGCAGCAACACGCGAUUCGACCUUGUCAAGAUCCACCAACAAUCGUUCGAUCUCAGUCGAUGAACAUCGCAAAUACUGAAAUAAAGAGAGACCAGGUCGCCGAUGGAGAUUACUUUCCUGGAAUCUUAACAUUCGCCAAAAGCGAAAAUCAGCAAUUCGUUUCGUGUAACUCAUCGGCAACGAAGGUUUCGCAAUCAGAAGAAUAUGUUACGCCACAGAACUCAGCUGCAAGUAGUUCAACUUCAAUUGUUUCGUCUGGUAGCUCCAAUGAAGAUCAGAUUUCAAAGGGAUCUUCCAAAUCAUCUCCAUCGCCAGAGGAAUGGGCAUCAGACUUUGACAUGGACCUUUCGCAACUGCCAGCUUUCAACUUCAACUUGGAAGAGAUCUGCGAAGACGUCCUUUUCCCCGAGCAGGAUGACUUUGACGAUAUUCUCAUCGAUGACCUCGCUCUGUCCCCCAAAUCGACUCCUCCGGGGCCCCUCUCAACAGAACCUAAUCUGUCUCCACUCUCUAUCAAAUCAGAAACAAAUAAACCUCGCACUUGUAAUGCAACUCAAAUUUCUGGCAAUCAAAGGCUACAAGAACCCUUGACCGGUAACAACGGUCAGCAUGUUAAUUUCAGCCCGUCACGAGGAAUGGAUCAGACAAAUUUUGCAAUUCUGAAAACGGACUCGCAGCAAUUUUGUAGCUCUACGAUGCCAUUUGGCUCAAAUUCGGGAUGUACUUUAGUAAAAACUGAACAACCGAGUGCGGCCUCCUCGUUAACAGUUGCUCCUAGCGGGCAAGUGAUGGGAAGCUUACGCGACGAUAGAGUAACUUCGUCUACAGACCAGAGCCCAAUUUUGUCCUCAACUGGAAAUGUGAGAAGACGACGAAGACCGGACAGGCCAAGUAAUGUGAAAGAAGCUUGCUCCAUUUGUGGGGACAAAGCGAGUGGAUACCACUACAAUGCACUUAGUUGCGAAGGAUGUAAAGGUUUUUUCCGCCGGAGUGUGACUAAUGACAGAAAGUACACGUGUGAGAAGAGCGGAGCCUGUAACAUAGACAUUUACAUGCGCAGGAAGUGUCAGAAGUGUCGGUUGGAGCGGUGCUACGCAGCUGGAAUGCGCAAAGAGUGUCUGAUGUCAGUUGAGCAAUGUCGAUCGAUGCAAGCGAAGCGGAAAACGAAAUCAGCCAGCCACUCUGGAGCAUCAGUGGUGGGCUCAAGCUCAUCAUCACACCCCCAACAUAAUUUAGACGGCGGAGGAGCGGGAGGGAGAGGAAUGGGUAUUCCAACCGGGCUGUCUAUGUUCGCCAUGCACAAUCCCACGCCAAACUCCUCUCAAAUACCCACGACAGUCGAUAGAGGGGCAGGUUUACAACCCCACCCUCUUUUUACGACAUCACAAGAUUCGAUCGGAGGGUAUGCGGCCACGGGCACGGGAGGCAUGCAGAAGUUGCCGUCGUCAGCUAGCGCAGGCGAUGUGCCGGUGUUCAAGCUGCCGCCCCUGUACGACUGUGAGGCGGAGUUGACCCGGUGUGGACUGAGCGGAUCGGAGGUGGAAUUGGUGCUGAAACUAGUCAGAGACAGAUGGUCAGUCGGCAUGCCUGGACCAGAGAAGACCAACUUGUUACCACCAUGGCCCGGCAGGACUGGAGACCCUGGACUGACAUGUCUUCCGCAGGAGAGACAACGCCAGAUGAAGUUCCAGCACAUGACACACUUGACUCGCAUCUGCAUGGAGAGUGUGAUCCAGCUGGCAAAGAGACUGCACAACUUCUCCCUGCUAGACCAGCAGCACCAGAUCAGACUAGUCAAACCAGCAUGCAUCGAGGUGCUGAUGAUAAACUCUGCGCAGUACUUCGACGUGGCCACCGACAGACUCCUGAUGGCCACAGGCCAUUGGACAACUCAUGAGCAGAUGGAGGACGGUCUGCUCAAGUAUGGCUUCGGUACUCAGAUGUGGCAGUUUGCGAGACAGCUCGCACUCAUGAGUCUACACGACAUAGAAUUCGCUCUACUCACAGCUAUUUGCAUACUAUCACCAGACCGAAACGGACUUUCGAAUGAGUGUCAGCAGCAAGUGAUGAAAUCGCAGGAGCCAUACCUGCACGCUCUGCAGCUAUUCUGCCAAUUGAACAGUGUGCCUAAUGCAAACCGAAUGCAAGACCUCCUCUCUAAGCUGGUCGGACUCAGAUCUAUAAGCUUCCAGCACCGCAAGUACCUCUUUGGCAUUCAGCUCAAUAAGUCGAACUGGGAGCCCUUGCCUCAAUUGCUGGGCGAGAUUUUCGACCACAAUUCGAACACGAGUGACAAUGGGACCAACCCUAAUGAAUUGAAAAAGGAAACAAGCACGAAUGAACAAAAAGUAAACAGCGAAGAAGUUAAGCCGACGUAGUAUUUGGCCGAAAAAGUAAUUCGUUUGUUUUUUGACGAUGAGUUUUUUGAUAGCCAAAAACUGUUUUGAAGCGACUUGUUUCAUUGAAAGUGUAAAUUGUGUGAGCUCACAAAAAGCCCAGCAAAUCUGAAAUGCAGCUGUAGCUGUUAACUUGCGAUUCCAAGCAAAAAAAAAACUGUUCUUUUUCUCUGAUUGAUGUUUUUCUAGACCAAUUGGGUGACUAGCUCUUUUGUCUUGUAGAAAAAACAAAGAGUGCCAGUAAAAUGUAAAAUAUUAAAUGCUUUAUAAAAUUAAUUUAUAUUAUUGUAAAUGAGAUAUGAAGUAAAAAAGAAAACAUAUAAAAGUAUGUUUUAUUUUUAUUACGAUGCAGUUUGAAGGUUUGGAUCUGAAAUCACUUAUUUUCCACUGAAUUAUUAUUUCGAAGAUUUUUGAUGCAAAAGGUGUUGUGCCUUUAUUGAUAACUAAUCGACUGAAAGAUAUUUUCUCAUCUCAAGUUCUCUCAACCCCACCCCAAGCUCCUCAAGUUCGGGAAUGUUGAACUAUUUUUUG